GUUGUAAAUUAUAUCCGUGGACGACCACCAGAAUCCCUUUGAAAACAUAGUGAAAAGAGAGGAGUCUUCGACACCUUUUAAAUGGUUGGAUAGUAGCACACCAGGAGCUGCAGCAGGGAUGAGGAUCCAGCUGCAGGGUCCCGGCCACGCUGCCAGCUUGCUCGCUCAGCUCAACGGCUGCCGCCAGUCGCGCCAAUACUGUGAUGUGUUCCUGCAAGUCGGCAACCGCACGUUCGCGGCGCACCGAGCGGUGCUGGCCUGCGCCGGGACGUACUUCCGUAACCUGUUUGCCCGGGCGCCGUCCUCGUCCACGGCUGCCUUCUCCUUGGAGUUCAUCUCCCCGGCCAACUUUGAGAAGCUGCUGACCUUCGUCUACACGGGGGAGAUCUUGACUGAUCUCAUAGAUGUCGGGGUGCUGUACGAGCUGGCCGAGAGGCUGGGCGUCGGUGAGCUGGUGAGGGCCUGUCACGCCACCUUCCCCGACCUGCGGGCUUCUGCGUCUGCAAACUGUAAACCGGGUAGUCCAGGAGACCUCGCCCUGAACUCGAGCAUGGUUGCCGCUGCUGCGUCCACAGUGGCCGCCGUCGGUGCAGCUUCUGCGUCGUCCGUGUGCUCCUCUGCCGCCUCCUGCUCGUCUCUGUCUUCGUCUGCGGCCCCGACGCCUGCUGCCGCUCCCUCGCCGCUCUUCCAAACCAGGGCAGCCGGGGCCGGCCAUGAAGCUCACACCGGGGCUCUGUCUCUGGACCUGAAGGAGGAAGACGUGCAGUCUCAUAUCGGCUACGGGCAGAUGGCAGCAGAUCAGCAACAACCAGGAGGACUCAGUCUUUUGACCGGCAGCCACUCCAGACAGUGUGGCGGCGUGCUGCCUCCGGGGCCUGUUCUCCAGCUGAAGAUCGAGCCAGGGCUGGAGGAGGAGGAAGGCGGCUGUAAGGACAGAGAUGGACGAAUGGUUUCCCAGUGCGCACGAAGUUCUGUGCCUCAGAGCAGCGACGCUGCACCGUCUGACUCCUGCUCCUUCCCCGACUCCUCGGCUCAGCUCGGAGCCGAGGCCUGCGCCCCGACGUCGUCCUCCGGAGAGCCUCUGGGCAGCCUGCAGGUGGUGUCAGUGGAGGGCGGCAUGGGGGACGUCCAGAGGGACGGCAGGCUGGUGUUUGGAAAGGUGGAGGAGGGAGAGAAUGAGGAGGAGGAGGAGGAGGAGGAGAGGGAGGCUCUGAAAGGAAACGGUGCCAUGGAGGGAACAGAGGAGGAGCAGUGGAGACAGCUGGCAGGUGAGAUCAUCGAGCUGAGUGACGACGAGAACUUCAUGGAGGAGGGAGAUGAGGAGGAUGAUGAAGACGAGCUUGUGUAUGUGGAGAACGGAGACGGAGGGAGCUCAAGCAGCCAGGUGACGGGGAACAUGCUGCCGUGUAAAGCCUGCGCAGUGCUUCUCCCGGCAGACCCGGAUGCCAUCCGAAGACACGCCGAGACCCACCUGACGGAGCUGGGGCUCUGCAGAGUGUGCGGGGCCUCGUUCCCGGACUGCGAAGCCGGUGUCGCCCACUCUCUCUCCCACGUUGGCGUGCAGCUCUUCACCUGCGACAUGUGUCACUUGCAGUUCUGCAGCCAAAACAAACUGCUGCGCCACCACCGCCACGCGGCCUCCAGCUACACGAUACCACAGGUGGCGCUGACCAGCAGCAGCCAGAGCCUCGACCCCGAGCUGCAGUGUGCCGCAUGCGCCAAGACCCUCAGCAAGGACUUCCAGACGGUCAAAGACCACCUGCUGAGCCACGUGUGUCCCCAGAGCCUGAGCUGUGGCGUGUGCCACCUCCCCCAGCUCUCCUUGUGCUCCCUGCUGUGGCACGCCCUCGCCCACCUCUCUCUGCCCGUCUUCACCUGCCCACACUGUGCCCGCUGCUUCGUGGAGCGCUCCAUGCUGGACCGACAUAUGACUACGCACGCUGAGGAGGCGGCAGCCAAGGAGAGGGAGCAGUUUGCUGCGCUGAGGGCUUACAGAGUCGGGGGAGGCGGCGGCGUGCCGGGAGUGGAGGAGUUGCAUUGCUUCCUGUGCCCGCAGACUUUCCGCUCCGCCGCUGCCUUUCAGUACCACCUCAGCCUGCACACCACCGAGUCCCUGGUGAGUGUCGGAGGUGCCAGGGCCCAAGGCUGGCUGGGCAAACGUAAAGCGGACCAGAAUCUGGAGUGCCUUCCGUCUUCCUCCUCUCAACGGGAGGUCGGCAGCCUCGUUAAAAUGAGCAACAUGGGUCUGGGGCUGGGAAUGAGCUUCAGCGUACCAGAUAAGUUUUUUCAAGGGGCGUUACACAGCCUGCCCACCGGGGUCCUGACCAACGGGAACUCGGGGCAGGACGGGGGAGUCGGGGCAGCAGGCGUCCGUGGGAAAUGGUACCGGUGUCGCUACUGCGGUAAGUGCUUCGCCCACUCGGGGGAGUUCACCUACCACCUCCGCAUCCACACCGGGGAGAAACCCUACCAGUGCAAAGUGUGUCUGCGCUUCUUCAGAGGGCGCUCCACCAUGAUCUGCCACCUGAAGACGCACGCCGGAGCCCUCAUGUACCGCUGCACGGUCUGCGGCCUUUUCUUCUCCACGCUGAAAAUGGUGUCGUCGCACAUGGAGCUGCACACAGACCACCUGCCCCCGGACUUCAACAUCGAGCAGACCUUCAUGUACAAUGACCACUCUAAAGAGCCGCUGCCCAACAUGGACGUCUGACGCGUCGGCAGGGUAGUUUCCCCUACUCGUCCCUUUUUACCUCUCUCUGACACCUCCACUGUGUCUGGUUGUCGUGGACCACAUACCGCAUAUAAUAGAAUAGGGCUGAAACUAAUGGUUAUUUUCUUUAUCGAUUAUUUUUUUUCGAUUAAUCGUUUGUCUAAAAUGUCAAAUCAAUUUUAAAAAUGGUUGUCUCUCUAAGUAUAAGGCGACAUCUUUUAAAUGAAUUGUUUUGUCUCAACAGUCCAUAAGACAUUCAGUUUAUAAGGAUAUAAAAAAGCAUUUCAGAAGCUGCAAAAAGAGAAUUCUGACAUCUUUGUUUGACAAACAACAGAUUUCUUUUCUGUCGAUGGAUUGUUGGCCUCGGCUCUAUAAUAGACGUAGACUUGUAGAAUGUAGUGGACAUAUUAUCUGUCGGAUGCUGUUCACUGAGUUGACCUCUUUGAACUAAGAUUAAAAAGAAGCCACUUGGUGGCAGUGUAUCCUGUUCAGUGUCAGUGAGAGAAGGGAAGCCGGUGGCUUUGUUGACCGUCAUGCAGCACUCUGCUUAUAUUCAUCUACUCCGAACAAGUCUGUAUCUUCACCACUGAAAUCUGAGGAUUGAUUUCCGUGUCCGUGGUCGAUGAUUAUUAAAGUAGCGCCUCAUUGUAGCAUAGAAAUUAUUUUCCUAUAUUUGCAGUCACUAUUUUCACACUUUUUUAAGGUCUUGGAAGUUUUUCACUCCAGAGAUACGGGACCAGUCACAUAAAAGCUUGAUUUAAUUGGUCAUUUAAACAUAAAAAAAACGUGUUAUUUGUUGUUAUGAAUGCUUUCAGAUUCUGCCACUGCUGUAUUCAUUUGAGAGCGUGUGAUCAGUUGUGCUGUAGAAAUUAUUUAAGUGCCCAUCACAAGUUUGUGUCUUACCUCAUAUUUAUGAUGGCUGUAUAACUAUUUAUUAUUUGUAUGCCUCUAUAUGUUGUCUGUUCCUAAAGCUGUAUGAAUGUUGGCUUUUUAAAAAAACUAUUGUUCAUGAAAAGAAUGAAAUAAAUGCCUCUCGGAAGACUGUUAUCAACCCGAAACUAUGUGUCAAUCUGUUUUUUGAUCACGUUUGAAUGAAAUGAAAUGAAUGAAACCUUUAUUGCCCCAACGGGUUUUCAGCUUUGCACAAAGAGCUUAAAAGAAUAUCAGAAGAACAGCAACAACCAUACAUGACAGUGAUGCUGGGCGAUAUGGAGAUAACGUUUUUGACCCAAUACCUCAAUAUCAUUACAUUACAGUCAUUUA